CACACACCUUGUUAACACAGUGCACAGGUGAGUCUGUCAGAGGAAACGUGGGUCCCUGGACAGAGGAGAAGUCUGGACUUAAAUGGAGUCCAACCUCCACAAAGUUCCUGGUGGCGUGGGCACCGCCAGUGUCCAGCAGCCAGCAGCCACCCCUCCUGGCGGUUUGCAGCCUCUUGCUGAGGUGGCAGAGGCUGCAGACCUGGACAAGUUAGACAAGAGUCAACCUGGACAACCUGCAGGAGAUGGAAAGGACCUGUACUCAUACGACAGCUCUUCGGACUCCUCCGACAGUGAGGAUGAGGGUAUUGGCAAGAAAGAAAAGAAGAAGAAGAAGAAGAAGGUGAAGAAGAUAAAGAAGAAGAAGAAGGAUUCCAGUUCAUCAUCAUCAUCAUCAUCAUCUUCAUCCUCCUCCUCCUCCUCCUCCUCUUCUUCUUCUUCUUCCUCCAGUAGCUCUUCAGACAGUGACAGUGAGGAUGACAAGAAGAAGAAAAAGAAAAAGGAGAAGAAGAAGAAGGAUGAGGCGAAAGACUACAUCCAUGACAGCGUUUCCAUUACCGGUCCUGAUGGUGAAAUGGAAGUGCAGACUGCAGAGGGUGUGAAGAUGAGCCAGGAAUUCGACUCAUCAGAUGAGGAGGGAGACAAGAAGAAAGAGAAAAAGAAGAAGGAGAAGAAGAAGAAAAAGAAGAAGGAUUCAUCCUCUUCCUCAUCUGACAGUUCAUCAUCUGAUAGUGAGGAUGAAAAGAAGAAGAAGAAGAAGAAAAAAAAGGACAAGAAGAAAAAAAAGAAGAAGAAGAAGGAAUCCAGCUCAUCUUCCUCUGAUAGCUCUUCAUCCUCCUCCUCUGACAGUGAGGAUGACAAGAAGAAAAAGAAAAAGAAAAAGGACAAAAAGAAGAAGAAAAAGAAAGAUAAGAAAAAGGAUGAAGAGCAGAGUGAGUGUGCUACUGCUGUUUCAGCUGAUGGUGAGCUUGCAGGGCCGUGUGGUGAUGGAAAGACAGAUGAAGCUGCUGACAAGACUAAGAAAGAGCUGAAGGCAAAAAAGGAGGGCAAAGUGUCCUCUGCAUUGGCAGCAGGGGGAGAAAAGGCAUCCCCUGAUAGUAUUGAGGAUGGCAACAUGAGUGAUGAUGAGGGAGAAGGGGGGGAGGAGAAGGAUAAGGAUAAGGAGAAGAAGUUGAAGAAGAAGAAGAAAAAGGAUUCUGGUUCAUCCUCAGACAGUGAUAAUGACAAAAAAGACAAGAAAAAGAAGAAGAAGAAGGAAAAGGACUCCUCCAGCUCCUCUUCUUCUUCAUCUGAUAGCUCUUCCUCAGACAGCGAAGGGGAUGAAAAGAAGAAGAAGAAGAAGAAGAAGAAGAAGAAGAAGAAGAAGAAGAAGAAGAAGAAGGACAGCUCUUCUGAUGAUAGCUCCUCCUCUUCCUCCUCUUCUUCUGACAGUGAUGAUGACAAGGAUAAGAAGAAGAAGAAAAAGAAGGAUAAGAAAAAGAAGAAGAAGAAGAAGAAGGACAGCUCUUCUGAUGAUAGCUCCUCAUCUUCCUCUUCCUCUGAUAGUGAUGAUGACAAGAAGAAGAAGAAGAAAAAGAAGGAGAAGAAGAAGAAAAAGAAGAAGAAGGACAGCUCUUCUGAUGAUAGCUCCUCAUCUUCCUCAUCCUCCUCUUCAUCUGAUAGUGAUGAUGGCAAGGUUAGAUGACAGAACACAGUGAACCUGUACCCAAGUUUUCAGAGUCGAGAGAGACAAACAGCAACACAAUUCAUCAUGAGAAUAUGUCUAUUUUUACUUUAGAAGAAAAAGAAGAAAAAGAAAGAUAAGAAAAAGAAGAAGAAGAAGGAUAAGAAGAAAAAGAAGGAUUCUUCUUCUGACUCCUCCAGCGAUUCUUCAAGUGAUGAUGGUAAGAAGAAAAAGAAGAAGAAAAAGGAUAAAAAGAAGAAGAAGAAGAAAGACAAGAAAAAGGACUCGGAUUCUUCUAGCAGUGAUGAUGAUAAGAAGAAAAAGAAGAAGAAAGAAAAGAAGAAGAAAAAGAAGAAGGACAAAAAGAAGGACUCAAGCUCCAGGUCUUCGAGUUCAUCUGAUAGUUCAAGUGGAAGUGACAAGGAAAA